AUGGAUCCGAUGAGUAUGAUUGGACCGAGGCAGGCGACUUGAACAGCUCCCCUGUGCCCUUUUCCGCAAGUCCCGGGGCGGAGGGGCCUCUAUCACACCCGUCACGCUCGAGUCAACAGCCCUCCCACCUCAUCCCCUUCAGGAACGGAGUUUAGUAGUGACAGCGACCAGGAUGAGGACACCGAACCCCGCUCACCCGAUCAUCUGGAUUUCGAGGAACAAGAGUUUCAAGGGGACCUUUGGUGCGCAUCCGAUGAAGACGAGCCGACAAGCCCGGCGCAGACAGCUGAAGAGAUGCCCUCCAGUGAUGACGACAUCGAAGACUCCUCGGACAAUGAGCUCCACAGUAAUUGGUCGGCUUCGUCACCGGUUGAUCAACUGCGUGACGACAUGAUUCUGGAGGCCUGGUACUUCUGCUUCGAUCGACCGAUUGGCAUCGCACAAGCCGUGUUUGACAACGGUGAUGAUAGCAUGUGA